GGGGCCACCAGACCCUCGAGCAUCCUUGUGAUGCCUUCGAAUGCAGGGUGACUGAGCCCGUUUUCCCAGGCUCUCGCUAAACACCAAUGCCUCAUUGGAGCGCUAUAAAGACACUAAUUUCUUCCGUUCAGGCAGAUGGGAUUUUCAAAUUUUAUUUGUAUUUUAUUUCACUUUGGUUAAUUUUUUAUGUAUUUAUUUUUAAUUAUAUUCAAUUUAAUUAAGUAUAUAUUUAGUUUUUGUUUUUGAGAUAGGGUCUCAUAUGGCCCAGGCUCCUUGUCAUACUGUCUUGUGUUGGGUUUAGGGGCAUGGGCCACCUAACUACUCUAAGGGGAACUUAUUUAAAGAUGACGAAACGGAGACCAAGAGUCUUGUUCCAAGCUAAAAGAGAGGUGAGAAUUGGCCCCACUAUAUUAGGUGACCGGUGUUACUGAAUUGGUAGGAGGGGGAGGAGCAGGGACCCUGAUGGGGAAAGGAAGAUGUAGCCUGGAAUGAAUGGGCCAUUGGAAGGGACAUUGAGACCAGACACUAUCACACCACAAGUAGGAAGGCUGAUUGGUUGGUUGUUAGGAUUUAAGACAGGGUCUCUCUUUUGUAGCCCAGGCUGAUCUUGUUGAACUCCAGGGAAUCUGCCUGCCUCAGGCUCUUCAGUGCUGGGCUUACCUGAGUGAGCCGCCAUCCUUGGUUUAUCCUAGGCUUUGCCCAUUUUGUCCCCGUUCUUCCCUGACUGGAGAUGUGGCACAGAACAAGGUACCUGGGCUGAAGAGCCCUAGCCCACCACACAACAGUUUGCCAUCUUGCUCUAACCCCUCCUCUGAGCUUCAGAUUCCUGGGCUGUGGAGUGAAGGUGCCUGGCUGCAGCAAGCCAUGCUCUGAGUCAUGCCCAGGCCCGGACAGCCUCGCCCAUCGAGUGGGCCUCCACGCUUGGGUCCCUGGGAGAGGCCAACAGAGCUAUGCCUGGAAACCAAUGAUGAGCGCUCCCAGCCCCCACCAGGCCGCCGCACCCGCAGGCCAGACCCCAAGGAUCCUGGCCACCACGGGCCAGAGAGUAUCACCUUCAUUUCAGGCUCUGCAGAACCGGCCACCGAGCCCCCAACCUGCUGCCUCCUUUGGCGCCCCUGGGGGUGGGACUGGUGCAGGGCUGCCUUCUGCUUUCGCCGCUGCAGGGAUUGCCUGCAGCGCUGUGGGGCUUGUGUGCGGGGCUGCAGCCCCUGCUUAUCUGCUGGGAACCCCACUGAGGGGUCUGCCGAAGCCGCCUGGGUCAAAGAGCCUAAUGGUGUGCCACCCAGCCCGGACCGUGCACCUCCCAGCCGCCGAGAUGGCCAGCGGCUCAAGUCCCCCAUGGGCAGCAGCUUCAGCUAUCCUGACGUUAAGCUCAAAGGCAUUCCGGUCUACCCCUACCGCCAUGCCAUCUCCUCAGUCCCUGACUCGGACUCCUGUUGCAAGGAGCCCCUACCCGAGCCUCCUCCCACACGGCACAGCCUGCCCAGUACCCUCCCCAGCAGCCCCCGCGGCUCCGAGGAGUAUUACUCCUUCCACGAGUCGGACCUGGACCUGCCCGAAAUGGGCAGUGGCUCCAUGUCGAGCCGGGAGAUCGACGUGCUUAUUUUCAAGAAGCUGACAGAGCUAUUCAGUGUACACCAGAUCGACGAGCUGGCCAAGUGCACGUCGGACACCGUGUUCCUAGAGAAGACCAGCAAGAUCUCAGACCUGAUCAGCAGCAUCACACAGGAUUACCAUCUGGACGAGCAAGACGCCGAGGGCCGCCUGGUGCGCGGCAUUAUCCGCAUCAGUACCCGCAAAAGCCGUUCCCGCCCACAGACUUCCGAGGGGCGCUCGGCACGCUCUACUGCCCCUGCUGCUGCCCCUGAUAGUGGCCAUGAGACCAUGGUGGGCUCUGCCCUCAGCCAGGACGAACUGACCGUGCAGAUCUCCCAGGAGACAACAGCAGAUGCCAUCGCCAGGAAGCUGAGGCCAUAUGGAGCCCCAGGGUAUCCAGGCAGCCAAGACUCAUCCUUCCAGGGCACGGACACAGACUCUUCAGGGGCACCCCUGCUGCAGGUGUACUGCUAACCCCCACUGGCCCAGCAGUCACAGCCCCUCUUGGAAGAAGCAUAGCCAGCGGAGUCGAGGAACCAGGACCCCUUUGUGUGGAGGCCAGAUCCUGAGCCCAGCAGUGACCUCUGGCUUCUCCUUUCACUGAAUGACUUUAGACCACAUACAUUUCACAGGACCAUGGUGCCCCUGUCCUCUGCCUGUUCAGCUGGACUCACUGCUGCCUGGGACUGUUUCUUCCUGUGAGCUGAAAGCAAAGUCUUGGGAAGUAGCUUUCCAGUUUCAGUCCCACGUCACCCUAAGCAAUUAUGGAAACUACAUAGGUUGGGUUGGGGACAGAUGGCCUCUAUAUGUGAUUCUCUGGGCAGUGCCCACCUAUUAUAUUGCUGAGCAGUU